UCUUCUUCGAUCACUCAUCUCUUCUAAAUAACAAAAACUAAUCUCACUUUCAAUAUAAAAAAAAAACCCCACACGUUCAAGAUAGAGACUAUAGAGUUAUAUAUAAUCCUCAAACACCUCCUUCUCAAUCCCCGAUGUUCUAACCUUCCCUCUCAAACUCAAUUUCUAAUAUGUCUCCAUUAACAUUAGCCAUUCUCCUACUACUACUACUAGGAUCCAUAUGGACAUUCAUAUAUAUCCAAUCACGGCCCAAAGACCCAAAAAAUGAGUAUAAACUCCCACCAGGUCCUCAGGCCUUACCAAUCAUCGGUAACCUACACAUGCUAGGUAGUCUCCCACACCGUUCCCUCCAUAGCUUGGCUAAAAAAUAUGGACCUAUCAUGUCAUUACAGCUUGGCCAUGUACCAACUAUUGUGGUCUCAUCUCCUCAAGCUGCUGAGCUAUUUUUAAAGACCCAUGACACCAUUUUUGCUAGCCGACCAAAACUCCAGCUCUCGUACUUGUCUUAUGGUACCAAGGGCAUGGCUUUCACUGAGUAUGGUUCAUAUUGGCGCAACAUUAGGAAACUAUGUACGUUGCAACUUCUUAGUGUUUCAAAAAUAGAAUCAUUUGCACCUAUGAGGAAGGAGGAGGUAGGAUCACUGGUGCAGUCACUGAAAAAAGCUGCGGCGGCACAUGAGGUCGUGGACCUAAGUGGGAAAGUGUGUGAACUCAAUGAGGAAAUUACAUGUAGAAUGAUAUUUGGGCGAAGUAGUGAUGAUAGAUUCGACUUGAAAACGCUUAUUGAGGAGGCCUUUAACUUGACGGGGGCUUUCAAUCUAGCUGAUUAUGUGCCUUACCUUGGGCCACUUGAUCUACAGGGAUUGGCACGACGCAUGAAGAAAUGGAGCAAGGCUUUGGACAUAGUCUUCGAGAAUAUCAUCAAGGAGCAUGAAAAAAUUCCUACUAGUGGUCAACAAGAUCGUGAAACAGACUUUAUAGACACGCUGCUUUCUUUGAUGAACCAACCCAUGAAUCCUCAUGAUGAGCAAGUAUACAUUAUUGAUCGAACAAAUAUCAAGGCUAUCAUACUAGACAUGAUUUCGGGUGCAUAUGACACUUCAGCUGCUGCGAUUGAGUGGACAUUUUCUGAACUCUUGAGGUAUCCACGAGUGAUGAAACAUGUACAGGAGGAGCUAGAACGUGUAGUUGGAAUGAAUCGGAUGGUGGAGGAGACUGAUUUGGCGAAAUUACCAUACUUGGAUAUGGUAGUGAAGGAAAGCUUAAGACUUCAUCCUAUUGGACCAUUACUAAUCCCACAUGAAUCCAUGGAGGACAUUGAGGUCAAUGGAUAUUAUGUCCCCAAGAAAUCACGAAUAUUAAUAAAUUUUUGGGCUAUUGGACGAGAUCCUUGUGUGUGGUCUGAUAAUGUGAAAGAAUUUCAUCCUGAAAGGUUCAUAAAUAAUAAUAUAGACCUCAAAGGACGUGAUUUCCAGCUUAUCCCAUUUGGGUCUGGUCGCAGAAGGUGCCCUGGAAUGCAUCUAGGCCUUACAACCGUAAAAUAUGUUCUAGCUCAAUUACUACAUUGCUUUCACUGGGUGCUCCCUAGUGGCUUGUUGCCUAAUGACUUGGACAUGAGUGAGAAGUUUGCGCUAACAAUGCAAAGAGCCAAGCACUUGUUUGCCGUGCCAACUUAUCGCCUACUUGGUUAAAUUUAUAAGAGAACUAUGAUAUAAUAUUUAAGAAGGUUUUACUUAUUUAGAUUUGUUGUGCACUUGGUUUCGUUGUUCCAUAUGAAUAGCUGAAGAAAUUGUGGCACCAAAUUAACUUAAGUUACCUUGAACAAUAUCUUAACUUGCCUAGUUUUGGAUUCAAAUUUA